GCGACGCCGCGCCGGGUCUCCAGUCGCCGCCGCGGAGCCGCCGGACCGAGCUGCCGACCGCGCCCGACCCGCCAUGGCCGAGAGCGACUGGGACACGGUGACCGUGCUGCGCAAGAAGGGUCCCACGGCGGCCCAGGCCAAGUCCAAGCAGGCCAUCUUAGCAGCCCAGAGACGAGGAGAAGAUGUGGAGACUUCCAAGAAAUGGGCGGCUGGCCAGAACAAACAGCAUUCGAUCACCAAGAAUACUGCCAAGUUGGACCGUGAGACGGAGGAACUGCACCACGACAGGGUGACCCUGGAGGUGGGCAAGGUCAUCCAGCAGGGCCGACAGAGCAAGGGGCUCACACAGAAGGACCUGGCGACGAAAAUCAACGAGAAGCCGCAAGUCAUCGCAGACUACGAGAGUGGACGGGCCAUCCCAAACAACCAGGUUCUGGGCAAGAUUGAAAGAGCCAUUGGCCUCAAGCUCCGGGGCAAGGACAUUGGGAAGCCCAUCGAGAAGGGGCCGAGGGGGAAAUGAGCACAAAGCCUCGAAAUCAGUUGUUCCGGCUGAUCUCGUCUGGCUGGUUCCC